AUGCACUCUUGCAGACGGCCCACUCGGCAGCCCCUUUACGAAUGGGCCCACUUCAGCGGCCCUAAAAACGGGCCUGCUCAGGCAGCCCUACAGAAGGUGCACUCCCCGGCACCUUUACAGGGGGGGCCCACUCGGCAGCCCCUUUACGAAUGGGCCCACUUCGGAGGCCCUAAAAACGGACCUGCUCAGGCAGCCCUACAGAAGACUGCAGUGAUUCUUUGUAAGAGAAAGGAAGCUUAUAGAGGCAAAGAGACUGGUCAAGAUGAAAAUCAGAUCUUCAAGGAUUACCAGUUCAUUUUGACCUUGGCUUUUGCUGUUGAGGAGAUCAACAAAAACCCUUUUCUUUUACACAACUUGACUCUGGGAUUUGAUGUCUAUGAUGUUCAAUUCGGAGGUUGGAUAAUGUUUACGAAGCCCUUCCUUUGGCUCUUUGGGAAGUACAGGAUUCCAAACUACUUCUGUAGGACAGAGAGCAAGACUAUGGCAGUACUUACAGGACCAUCAGCAGUGACAUCUUACAAUAUUGGGACAUUGCUGGAACUGUACAAAUUUCCACAGUUUACCAUUGGGACUUUUGAUUAUGCCCUGAAUGACCAUAACAAGUUUCCUGCUCUCUAUCAGAUGGCCUCAAAGGACACAUCAAUAGGCAUUGCCAUGGUCUCACUACUGCUUCAUUUCAGUUGGAGCUGGGUGGGAUUGUUGACCUCAAAAGAUGAGAAUGUUUUGUGGAUUCUUGCUGAAGUUAAAGAGGAGAUGAUCAAGAACAGAAUUUGUGUAGCCUACGAGCUAGUGUUCUCAAGCCAAGAUUUGGGACAUUUACAAAAUAUCAUGAGAAUUUAUAAUGAGAUGAAUAAAUCUUCAGCAAGUGUCCUCGUCAUAUAUGGUGAUAAUGAUUUACUAAAAGUUUUAAGGACGAUUACUGAGCAAAUUUUCAUUCAAGGAAAAGUUUUUAUCAUGAAUUCAGAGUGGGAUUUCACCCUGAAAAGGAGAUAUUUCAUGCUAGGCUCAUUGCACGUACCGUUUAUUUUUAGACACCAUCAUGUAGAUGUUUCUGGAUUCACAGAUUUUGUCAAGGCAGUUAAUCCAUCCAAAUACCCAGAAGACUUUUUCCUAGCGCGGCUGUGGUUUCUUUCUUUCAAUUGCUCAGAUCCUGAGUCUGACUGUGUAACAUGGGACAACUGUCCUCAUGAUUCCUCCUUGGAUUGGCUGCAUGGGCACAUUUUUGACAUGGCCAUGUCUGGAGACAGUUACAAUAUCUACAAUGCUGUGUAUGCUGUGGCCCAUGCUCUCCAUGAGCUGCUCCUUCAUCAAACAGAAAUUCAAACAAUUGGAAAUAGAAAGGGAACAGGGAUUUUUCCUGCACAGCUGCACCCUUUUCUGAAGAACAUUCAGUUUCACAGUUCUACUGGAGACCAAGUGAUUUUGGAUGAGAAAAAGAAAUUGCAUCCAGAGUAUGACAUUCUGAAUAUUUGGAAUUUUCCAGAAGGUCUUGAACUUACUGUGAAAAUAGGAAAGUUUUCUCCAUAUUCUCUACAUGGCAAUCAACUGUCUUUAUCUAAAGAUAUGGUGGAGUGGUCCAUUGGAGUUACAGAGACUCCUCACUCUGUCUGCACUGAGAGUUGUGUUCCUGGAUUCAGGAAGUCUCCUCAGGAGGGAAAAGCUGCCUGUUGCUUUGAUUGUACCCUUUGCUCAGAGAAUGAGAUUGCUAAUGGAACAGAUAUGGACCAGUGUGUCAAGUGUCCAGAUCAUCAGUAUGCCAACUUAGAGAGAAAUCAGUGCCUUCUGAGAGCUGCAAGCUUCCUGGCAUUUGGAGAUCCCUUAGGCAUGGCUCUGGCCUGCAUGGCUCUUUGCUUCUCUAUGCUAACUACUGUUGUGCUUGGGAUAUUUGUGAAACACCAAGACACUGCCAUUGUCAAGGCCAAUAACAGGGCUCUCAGCUACAACUUGCUCAUCUCCCUCAUCUUCUGUUUCCUUUGUUCCUUGCUUUUUCUUGGACGUCCUAACACAGUCACCUGCAUCCUGCAGCAGAUCACGUUUGGGGUUGUCUUCACUGUGGCUGUUUCCACAGUGUUGGCCAAAACGGUGACUGUCGUUCUUGCUUUCAAGGCCACUUCUCCAGGGAGAAUGAUGAGGUGGCUGCUGGUAUCGGGGGCUCCAAAAUUCAUCAUCCCCAUCUGCACCCUCAUCCAAGUGACUCUAUGUGGACUCUGGCUGGGAACCUCUCCUCCCUUCAUUGACACAGAUACACACUCUGAACAUGGCCACAUCAUCAUCCUGUGCAAUAAGGGCUCCCUCACUGCCUUCUACUGUGUCCUAGCAUACCUGGGCUCCCUGGCCCUGGCCAGCUUUACUGUAGCCUUUCUGGCCAGGAACCUGCCUGACACCUUCAAUGAGGCCAAGUUCCUCACAUUUAGCAUGCUAGUGUUCUGCAGUGUGUGGGUCACCUUCCUGCCUGUCUACCACAGUGCCAAGGGAAAGGUGAUGGUGGCUGUGGAGGUCUUCUCCAUCUUGGCCUCUGGUGUAGGGCUCCUGGGUUGCAUUUUUGCCCCAAAGUGCUACAUCAUUUUCUUCAUGACAAAUAAAAAUUCUCUGCAUGGUUUUGUGGUUAAACAACAUAGUAGGAGAAAUAUGCAUUCUUAA